CUGCUCAGAGCUCAAGGCAGUGAAGACCUGUGUGACCUGUAGGAUCUCCUACUGUGAGACCCACGUCAGGGACCAUUACAGAGUCCCUAAACUCCAGCUCCACACCCUGGUGGAUGUGGGGAGACACCAGCAACUCUGCAGCGAACACAACAGGCCCCUGGAGGUGUUCUGCUUGACUGACGAGAUGCUGAUCUGCAGUCUGUGUUCUGCAACACAGCACAGAGGACAUGAAGUCUUUCACAAGACUGGACUGUCUGACGGACAGACUUUUCAUGAGGAGCGACACAAAAGAUUACAUUCAUUUGAUGUGCUGCCCCCUCCUGGAGAGAUCAGCAUCCUGUCAGUGAAGCCAGACUCAGUGACUCUGACCUGGGGACCUCCUGAAGGUCAGGAUGGACCCAAGAUGUUCAGAGUGACCUGGGAGGGUGAUGGAGAACAGAAGAACCUUAAAGUGAAAGACAUGUACAAAGUAGAAAUAACCGGACUCCAAUCUGGUCAGAAGUAUGAGUUCCAAGUUUUCACAGAGGGGGAACAUGAAAACCUCAGUGACUGGGUUUCUAAAACAGUAACUACAGUGGUUCCUCCUCCUCGAGAAAUUAAAGUGAUGCAAUGUGAAGCCACUCAGCUGCGUCUCCAGUGGUCCAAGGCUGCAGGAAUAGAUCACGUUCCCCAGCGUUUCCUGGUCACCUGUAGUAGCCCAGGGUCCGAGCCUCAGGCAAUACACACCGAACCCAGCUGCAGAACCCUGACCGACCUGCAGCCGGAGACCCAGUACACCGUCGGAGUCUGUACUGUGUUGAGCAACGGGGAACGAAGUGAACCUGCUUCUGUGACCAUCUACACUAGUGUUGAAAAGCACCUGGGCGUACGUUCUUUAAAGCUGUAA